AUGCCAGGGAGAACUACUAAUACCCUCGAGGCUGAGUCCUCGAGGAAACGCUCUCGGCGUGUCGUUUCCCGGGAUAGCGACGAUGAAGACGUUAACGAGGUGCGGGGCGAGGCGCGAUCGAGCUUGCAAGCUGAACAUCGGAAACGCGUGCGCCUCUCCGAUGAUGUUGGGGAUCAGAAAAGCGAUCCGCGCUUCCAGGGAGAGUCUACCCCCACCCCGUCAGAUCACGAUGCCGAAGUAUACGAAGAAGAGGCGCCGUCCGCGCCGCGCACUCCGCCAAAGUCCCAAUACGAGUUGAUGCGGGACAACAACUUCGAGCACCUUCGCCAUGAGGCCGCCGAUGACCAGCGCGCGACCCAACGACUCCGCUUCCGCCCGAACCUCCUCGGUGAAAAUGCUAUUGCAGAUAACGGCAUCAUCGAGAGCGUUACAUGCAUCAAUUUCAUGUGCCAUGUACGGCUCCACUGCGAACUAGGCCCUCUCCUCAAUUUCAUCGUUGGAGAGAAUGGCAGCGGCAAGAGCGCCAUAUUGACGGCAAUCACGCUGUGCCUCGGCGGGAAGGCGAGCUCGACAAACCGCGGAGGUAGCCUAAAGAGUUUCGUCAAGGAAGGUUGUGAUCGGGCCGUCCUCGCCGUCAAGAUCAAGAACCAGGGUCAAGAUGCUUACAAGCCCGAGAUCUACGGCGAGUCCGUCAUCGUGGAACGCCACUUUUCUAAGACCGGCGCCAGCGGCUUUAAGGUCAAAACUGCCACAGGUCAGAUCCAUUCAACUAAGAAGCAGGAGGUCGACGAGCUCGUCGAGUACUACGCCCUUCAGGUCGAUAAUCCCCUGAACAUCCUCUCUCAGGACAAUGCUCGCCAGUUUCUCAACUCGUCCACCAAAACCCAGAAGUACAAAUUCUUCAUCGAGGGUGUCCAGCUACAGCAGUUAGACAACGACUACAGGUUGAUUUCGGAAAGCUUGGAGGUGAUGGUCGCGAAGGUUCCUGACCAGGAGGAGCGCGUCAAGCACGCUAAGGCCGCGUUUGACAAAGCCCACCGCAUGAUGGAGGAGCUCGAGGGCAAUAGGAAGCUCCGGGCAAAGCUCCGAACGCUGCGCUACCAGCUGGCAUGGUCCCAGGUGGAGCAAGAGGAAGAAGAACUCCGCCAGAGAGAAAAGAAUCUGGCCGAAGCCGAAAGCAAUGUCGUUGAAGCGCAGCAACAGGUCGAAGUAAAGAGUCGUGCGCUCGAAGUUGCUGAGGACAAGGUAAAGCGUGCCGAGGAAAGUCUGGAACGCGUUAAGGAGGAGGAAGGCGAGAUUCAAGAACGACGCCAGGAGAACCGGCAUCGCGAGCCGGAACUCAAGGAGAGAGUGGGAGACGCUAAGAAGGCAUUGGAAAAGAUUAGAGAGGACAUCCAACGGAAGCAGAGCGAGAUUGACAAUGUUGAGGCGAGAAUCAAGCGUCUCGAAAGAGACCGCGGCUCGCCCUAUGACGCAUAUGAGGCCAAGCUGCUCAAGCCCCAGUGGUCUUCCAUCCUCGAGAAGACGUUCGGUGUCAAUCUGAACGCGUUCAUCGUGACCAGCAAAAGCGAUGAAUCACUCCUCCGGGAAAAGAUGGACCGGCUCAAUAUUCGGAACUGCCCUGUUUUUAUAUGCAGCCGGCAUCCGAUUGACAUCAGCGGCAAGGAGCCCGACCCUGAAUACGAUACCAUUCUCCGGGUCCUCAAGAUCGAUAACCGGAUGGUACGGGAUCAGCUCAUUAUCAACCACAUGAUCGAGCAAGUCGUAUUGAUCCCUGAGCGUGCACGAGCGCAGCAGGUCAUGUUUGACGGCGCGCCGCCGCGGAAUGUCAAAGCAUGCUUAUGCUGCCACGACCGGAAGCGUGGCGAAGGCCUUCGGCUGACCGCGAGUAACAAUGGUAACAUCUCUACCAGCCCGAUUCAACCGAAUCCCCAUCUGAAGCCCCGGAUGAAGACGGACUCGGGUUCGCAGGUUGCGCUUUUAAAAGAAUCGCUGCAGCAAUUACAGACCGAGUACCGGGGCAUUGAGGCUGACAGGCGUCGACUCCAACAUGACUUUCAGCGCUUCCAAACGGCACUGAGUCAGCUCGACAAGGAACGACAAAAGCUCCGGUCAGAUGAGACAGAGGCUCGCAGUAUGGUUGAGAGGCUCGAGGACGAAGUGGAGCUCCUCGGUCGGGAUGGUGGCCGCUUACAAACAUUGAAAGACACGCUCGAGAAACUUAAGGAAGAGCUCAACCACGCCGGUAUUCAAUAUGGCAUGCUAAGUGCGAAGAAACAGGACAAGAACGUUGAGCUGAAGGAGGCGGACAGGAAGUUCAAGGAGCAGAAAGUACAGCAGAGGGACUUUGAGGCGCGGCUCAACAAAGCAGAAGCCAAGCUCAAGCAAGCCCGCGAGUUGCAGCGCAUCUGCUUGAUUGAGAAGAACGGCAUCAUUGACAGUGUCGCUGACUACGAAGAGCAGAGAAACAAAGCUCAGGGGAAAAAGCAGAGGCAAGAAGCCCGGGUCGACAGCUUGACGAAGGAGGCCGAGAUCGUUUGCAAGGGCACGCGCGUCGAAACUCCCGAGGGCGAGACGUACGAGAGCCUCCAUAAGCAGUACGAAAUGCUCCAGGCCCGGCUCGCCAAUGCAGAACGCAGAAGAGGGAUGAGCGACCAGGAGGUGCUCAACUACUUUGAGGAAACGAAGAAGAUCUAUGACAAGGCGCAAGACGACCUCCAGUCUAUUGUCAGGACAAACAACCGUCUCAGGACCAGUCUCACCCUGCGCCUCGAGAAGUGGAGGAAAUUCCAGCGCUACAUCUCGUCACAAUCGCGCGCCAACUUCAUAUAUCUGCUCAGCGAGCGCGGUUUCCGCGGCAAGCUGCUCCUUGACCACGAACGGAAGGCCCUGGAUCUGCAGGUCGAGCCCGACCGGACCGAAAAGAGGGCAGCCGGACGAAGUACCAAGACGCUUUCCGGUGGCGAGAAGUCAUUCUCGUCCAUUUGUCUACUAUUGGCCAUCUGGGAGGCCAUGGGUUCGCCACUGCGGUGUCUGGAUGAGUUUGACGUGUUCAUGGACAACGUCAACCGCGCGAUUAGCACGAACAUGCUGAUCACUGCCGCGCGCCGCUCGGUUAACCGUCAGUAUAUCUUUAUCACGCCUAAUGCUAUCGAGGGACGCAACGCCCUGGACAAAGAUGUCAAGAUCAUUCGUCUUAAGGAUCCUCGUCAACGCACCCUGGAGGAAUACUGA